AUGGCGCCCGCAACACCGACAGGCACAUUCGGUGGGAAUCCAGCCGGGGAUAGGUCUUCCAGACACCCGUUAUUCCUAUCUAUCACUUUCGUUCUCCUUGGAAUAGCUACUAUUUUUGUGAUAUUGCGGUUGUACUGUCGUUACUUUCUCAUCCACAGAGUUGGGGCGGACGACUGGCUUAUAACGAUCGGAAUUGCAGCAGAAUGGGCACUCGCUGUCAUGAAUUACUUUCAAAUCAAGUAUGGUACCGGACGACAUAUUACUACAGUCACUAUCGACGGAUUAAUCCCCACACUCCGCUAUUGGUUCGCCUACCAAAUCCUUUACCCGCUAGUCCUACUCUUCAUCAAACUCUCUAUAUUGGCGUUUUACAUCAAAAUCUCGCCUCAAAAGUGGUACCGGAUCACCGUUUACGUCGUCGGUACAUUUGUCAUAGCUUGGUCUAUUACAUUUAUUUUUGCUUAUAGAGGGAUUGUCCGAUCACGUGGACUAAAGAAUGUGAAAUCCCAGAUAUUUGAGUGUCCGAACCCUUCGACAGCGUGGUCGCUGGAUUUCCCACGCGGAUGCGUGAAUUUACCAGCGUUAUAUUAUAGUACCGCAUCGAUCAACAUUGCUUCGGACUUGAUUAUCCUCCUCUUACCUAUUCCCGUGCUACAACGACUUCAAAUUAACAAGCAGAGAAGGUUGGCCUUAAUUGCGAUUUUUUCUGUGGGCGUGGUGGCUGUCGCAGGUUCUGUGGCAAGGCUGUGGUCGCUCUGGAAGUACCAGCAUACAGUUGACGUUUCGUACGAUGCGAUUUUCAUCCUACUGUUUUCGCAUAUCGAGAUAAACCUAGCAAUAAUGUGUGCUUGUGCGCCGGCACUCAAGCCGUUGUUCAAGAGUUUUGCGACGCCGUUCAGUAGUAAAGUUGGGGGUAGUGGUGCUAAGUCGUCGGCUUUAGCGUCUAGUGGUGGCGGUGGAGGAGCAGGAACUGCAAAUGCGAGGCCGGCUGUGGGUUCGAGGGUAGGGAGUGGUAGCGGGACAGUGAACCCAUCGAUUGCGAGGAAUCGGGCAAAGUUUGAGAUGACAGAUCCGUCGAAACGGGAGAGUCCGGAAAGUCGGGUGGUUAAGAUCACCGGUGGGACGCCGUAUUAUACACCUCCCCUUGAAAUGGCGAGGCCAAAGGGACGAAGACCGACUUUUGAGAAUGACGUCGAAGAAGAGGAAGGAUACAACGAAGUGGAAUAUGACGAAGGGAUAGAGGAAGAGGGAGAAAACGAUAAGGACGAAGAGGACGGUGGUAUUACAAGACGGCCCCCGCCAGCGAAAUACCGGCAAGGAUCUGUCCCAAACUUCCAGCUGGAUGGCAGCUUUGGUUUCACACAAGAGCAAUCACCACUGAAUAUGCGGCAUGCGAAUACAAUCAAUACUACGACUACGGUCCCGAGUAAUACUGCUAAUAAUAGGCCGGGACAGUUUAGCAAACUGGCGGGAGAGUACACUGUGACCUGCAGCUCUACGCACAGUCUUGCUAAGAGCGGUGCGGAUGUUGCACCUGACCAGCAGUACUUUGGAUUCGUGUACCGGCCAAGUAUUUGGAGGAGGCAAAGUGUCGUUAGUAGGAUUAGUGGACGUGCAAAGAGUGCUAUUGGGUUUGGAGACGACGAGGAUCCGGAGGACGAGGAAAGUCCGGAUGGGAGGAGGUCAAGCGAGCGAGGGGUCAAAAUUGAGCACGAGGUUAGGAUCGAUUAUGAAUUGAUGACAGAGGAGGAGAAGGAACGGUGGGAAAGGAAGCGGUCAGUUUUGGAUGCGGUGGAUAGUCUGUGGUGA